AUGCUAACUUUCAUAUAUUAUAGUCUUCUGUAUCACUUGAAUACCUUUCUUUCUUUCUUUCUUUCUUUCUUUCUUUCUUUCUUUCUUUCUUUCUUUCUUUUCAUUAUAAUAAUCAUUCUUCUUCUGUAUCACUUGAAUAUCUUUCUUUCUUUCUUUCUUUCUUUCUUUCUUUCUUUCUUUCUUUUCAUUAUAAUAAUCAUUCUUCUUCUGUAUCACUUGAAUAUCUUUCUUUCUUUCUUUCUUUCUUUUCAUUAUAAUAAUCAUUCUAUCCAAAAGUCUUUGUCUUCUGGAUCACUUGAAUAUCUUUCUUUCUUUCUUUCUUUCUUUCUUUCUUUUCAUUAUAACAAUCAUUCUGUCCAAAAGUCUUUGAUAAUUCAUGCUAACCUUCAUAUGUUAAUGUCUUCUGUAUCACUUGAAUUUCUUUUUCUUUCUUUCUUUCUUUCUUUCUUUCUUUCUUUUCAUUAUAAUAAUCAUUCUGUCCAAAAUCUUCUGGAUCACUUGAAUGUCUUUCUUUCUUUCUUUCUUUCUUUCUUUCUUUUUUUUCAUAAUAAUCAUUCUGUCCAAAUAAUUAUGUAUCACUUGAAUGUCUUUUCUUUCUUUCUUUCUUUCUUUUUCUUUCUUUCUUUCUUUCUUUCUUUCGUGCUUGCUUGUUUCCUUGCUUCCUCCCUUCCUACUGUCCUUAAACACAUACACCCACACAGUCACGCACGCACGAACGCACUAUCUAUCUAUCUAUCUAUCUAUCUAUCUAUCUAUCUAUCUAUCUAUCUAUCUAUCUAUCUGUUUUUUCCCUCUCUCUCUCACUCUCUCUCUCUCUCUCUCUUUAUCUAUAUCUCUUUCUCUGUCACACACACUCUCUCUCUCUCUCUCUCUCUAUCUAUCUAUCUAUCUAUCUAUCUAUCUAUCUAUCUAUCUCUUUCUUUCUCUUUCUAUCUCUACUUCUUUCUUUCUCUUUCUCCCUCCCUCUUUCUCUCCCUCUAUCUCUCUCUACCCUAA